AUGAUGCAGAUUGUGCAGGGGCCGCCCGCCGAGCUGGACCCAGCCCGCGCGGCGUCGGCCCGCCUACGCGACUUUGUGGCCACCGCGCUCGUGAAGGAGCGCAUGCUGAUGGUCCAGUCGCACUGUAGCAUUAAACCCUCACCUCGCCGCGCUAUGCUACAGGACCCCGCCGGCCGGCCCAGCGCAGCCGAGAUGCUGGCGCACCCCUUCCUGCGGGUCGCGUCGCAAGGCGAGCUGAACGACAUCGUGCAGGCGCAAACGCCGCCGCUUCGGCGACGCCGCCUCGCGCUCGCGGAGCAACACUUUAGCGACGGUGGGCAGCCGCCCGGGCUCACGACGCUCUCCCACCGCCUGCGCAGGCAAAGCUUGCAGCGUGCGGCCGGCUGUCCUCUCCGAGCAGAAUGA